AUGGCUGCAAUCGACUCCGCCGAUCGAGUGCACAGAGUCCGGGACAUCCUCGAUUCGGUGUGGCCAACAGCGCGUCGGCCUUUGGCUCCGUUCGUGGUGACCGGCCUGGAUAUCUUGGAUGGAUUGCACGAUUGCUUGGCCGCAGCGAUUCCGAAUUCCAGCCAUGGCGAUGGGUUGGACGAAUGGCCGCUCGAGUUGCCGCAUUCAGAAACCGGUGUGAUUCCAGUCGACUUGGACCCGCAAAAGAUGUCCAGAUGCGAGGCGUAUAAGAUGAAUAGGCAAGGGCGCCAUGGACCAUUGGACUUAGCCACCUUUCAAGACCACUGGCUGGAUUUUCCCAUGAUCGUUCUCACUGGUGCUUUCUUGAAUACAGUUGAUCCAGUCAUUUGGCCCACUGGAGUGGCUUUGUCCAAGGCCUACACCGGCGGUGCCUUGAUGCUUCACAGCAUGGCUGCGGGUGGUAUGGUAGCUUUCUCCUACAGUAUUGCCAAGCGUCUACCUGACAAGCAGCCGCGCACGCCCAUGCGCUUGGCUGCGGCCGCCAUGGCGUGCGGCGCGCUGCGUGAGGUCAUCGCGCUCAACCUUGACACCUUUGGCUUUGUUGGGGAUCUGGCACUGAAGCUCGUGGACUUGACCCCGGCUGCUGGUGCAGCGGUGGUUGCAGUACACUACCUGUCGGAUGCGGUCAGCAUGCCUUUGGUCGUGGCAUUCCUGGGGACGUUCUCCAAAGCAUCUGAGACCGGCGAGAUAGCCCAGAUAGCAAUCCACGGCGUGAUGCCGGCGGCGAUGUUCAACCUAUUCGCAGCAGGGGCGGUGAUUGCUGUGACUCCUGUAUACAAAGGAGGGCUGAUUGCAGGAAGCUUGGGAUGUAUGAUGUAUACCUUCUGGGGCAUGGCAGUGAUCGAGGAAAAGGUCUGGAGCAUCGACAGGGUCCAGUUUGAGCAGGUCCGCAUGAGCAGCGACCUGCUUCGCAUGACCAUGUGCUUGAUUGGCCUGGUUCAAGUUGGUGGGGUCACCCAUUGCUUGCCACCGGAGUGGCAGCACAACCUCCUCACCAUUCUGGAGCUCUUACUUGCCGGCGUGUGUCACCUGUCGCUGAAGGACCCUGCAGACAACCGAAUCAGAACGCGGGUGCGGAACUGA